CGGAAUCUCCCUCGCCAUGUGAAUAGUAGGCCCCACACAAGUUGGGCUGUGAGUUCUCCUCAGGCCCCUGUUAUUGUGUAGUAUGCAGGGAUAUACCAACUAGGGUGACACCUCUCUGGAGAGGUACGACCGUAUCAAUCACAGAACACAUCGUCGGCAGAGCACAGUGGCCCUAGGUGUGUGUAAGACGUUCUCAUGGGUGCGAUAUUGGUAGACGUGGACCAAGAAACCAAUGGAGAGAUAACCCACAUGGCGGACUCAAGUGACCGGCCAUGUUAUAAACGUGUUAUCAUCCUCUGGGGAAUGCUUGGACCAGUAAAGGAGUGUUACCAAAUUUCAACAACGAAAAGGAUCCGCUCAGGACCAAAGCGGUGUUUGUGAAGAUUGACCUUGACAGUCGUGGAUUACAUUUGUGUGGUGUUAUUCAGCUUUUAUUUAUUUAUAUAUAUGUAUAUGAAUGUUCAAAGUAUUCAUGUGGUGGAUAUACCCUGUCAUGUGAGCGCUACUAUACAGAUUCUGGAUAGGAGCUCUCUGAAGAGCUUUGCUCCAUCCCAAGUAUCUAACUUUGAUUCACGCACGCGAAGUGCAUGGGAUUCGUUGGUUUGCCGAGGCAAUGAACUCCUUGUGUUUUAUGUUUCCAUUGUUUGUUGUAUGGUUGUCACGGAACAGAGCGGAACUGCAUAUACAAAGCCUAAACUUUCCGAACCCCCUAUACCAAACUCACACCCUAGGUAUUGGCAGGAUUCUGUGAGACAAUUACACCUGCAGAGCAAAAACAACUGGUAUAUUGCGAUUACGAAGGAUGGACAUGUGUCUGGAAGUCGAGAAAAGGGAGAAUCAGCUGUUCUUAUCAUGACAAGUGGAAUCAACAAAACUGUUGCCAUGAAAGGAAAACACGCAAACAAGUUUCUGUGCGUGAAUAACGACUCCAAGGUGUAUGCAAGUGAUACGCCGAACGAACGCCACUGCUAUUUUGUGGAAGAGUACAACACCAACGACUACAACAUGUACCGCCACUCCUUUCACCGCCGUGGCGACCGGAAGGUCUACCUCGCCAUCGACGACGAUGGCACUAUUAGGCUCGGCAACUCUACUGACAACAUGAGAAUAUAUUUCUUGCCGCUCGAACCAAAAAAAAAGACUCUGUGUCAACCCAUUCAUCUUUGGUGACGACAACAACUACGGUGGUGACAACAACUCUUCCAACGUCUACGGUCCCACCUGUAAAGCGGAGACUUGAAAGAACUCGUAAACGCCGGCGACGGUGGUGUAAACUUUUAAUUAGAGGUCGUUUAGAAAAAAAGCCUGAUAAAUAUAAGGACAGGUGUAAACAUGAUUGUGAAAUUCUUCAUAAAAUGUUGGACAAUCCUAAGCGAUACAAGAGAAAAUGUGAGAAACAAAGAAAGAAGAGAAGAAACAGGAACAGAAAAAAGCGAGGUCGUGGUCGGGGUCGUGGAUCGCAUGGCCGCAGACCCACCCGCCAUGACCACGAGAAUAAGAAAAGGAACCGCCACAAUCGGGGACGAGGACGUGUUCGCCAAAGGACUGUAAAGACGACGUCGUCACAAACACAUAACGACAGCGUUACGUGACGUGACGUCGUGGUCAAUGUUGGUAAUUAAAUGUCCCCUCUAAAAUGUGCUAUGAAGGAGUCAAGUUGUGGCCCGGAAAUGGUACCUGACUUCCGGUUCCGGUCCGAGACGCAAGCCAUGUGUGAUAAUUUAUUGUGUUUGACUGUCAUGGAAGCGAAGGGAUAUGACAUGGAACAAAAAGACAUCGUUUCUUGGAUUGUGUCAAAGAACGUCUUUGACACAGUCUUGUACAAAACCGUCCACAUCAUAUUGUUCUUGCCGGCCAUGUGUCUGAAGCCAAGGUGGACAUUCUACGCAUGUGUGAAGUGACGUAUUUUCACGUGCCAUCUCUACGCUGACAUGUGACUCCAUGUCACCGACCCACAGAACAGUGUGUCAGUUGGAUUUGUGUACAAUUAUGUAACAUACUCAUCCUUCGCCAAAGUCACCUCAUACUUAAAUCAUAAUUUCAUUGAUUUAAUCAUCAUACUCAUUCGGCACCUCUUAAAAUUUCACCUGAAUCUCUGGAGCAAAGAGAUAUAGUUAUUUUCCGAAAAGACAUUGAACGUGCAAUAACCGAGCAUGCUCGACAUACCAUUAGCUGUAUUAUUAUAUUAUAUUGUACAUACCAUGAAAAA